AUACAAUCAAUUAAUACGGUUCUACUAUUUUCUGUUGAUGAUCUGUUGAAUCCAGCUAAACUCAUCUAUGUUAAAGAACAUAGUAAUGGAAAAUCAUUAGGAUUUGGAAAAAGUGUUACGUGGCUAGAAAACGGUAAUAAAGCAGUUCUGUUAGCUAAUUAUUAUUCUAUAGUUGACUAUGCUUGGUCAUCAUCGCAAAUUCAAAUAUACGAUAAUAAUUUAAGUGCAUUAUUAUCACACUUUCCAAAUAAUUAUCAGACACUUUCAUCUUAUUUUAAUCCGUCAUUUUUAAAUAUAAUUUCAACAUCAACAUCAUUAAUUAUUGUUGAUAUAACUGGUAAUAUUCAAGUUAUUCAACCUACGCCACCUGGUUACUAUGCUGCUACCAGUACUAGUGACUCUGAUAUUUUAACAUACUCUGCACAGGUACCUUGUACAGGCGGAAUGUUUAAAAACCAAACAAGUUUAGAACCAUGUUUAUUAUGUCCUAUCGGAACAAAAGCAUCGAGUAUCGCUAAUAUCGAAUGUACGCCGUGUAGCUCAUUGUCAUUUUGCCCAUUUGGUUCAGUUAACGAUGUUAGUUAUACAAAACUUGAGCCUAUUAUUCCACACAAAACAUACCCAAAUUCACCCGAUAAUUCGUUAUUCGAUGAUAUUCUAAUUCAAAAUAUGUUUAGUAUUGGUACAACUGGUCGAUGA